AGUGUGUGGAUCGCUGAGACUCGGAGGGUCCGGCUCAGUUUUAAUUCUCCUCUAAUCUCUGCAACAGCAGCGCUUCCCGGUCCCGCGGCUCCUGCUCCCUCUCAGCCCCUGUCACUGCCAGGUGAGCAUCUGAGCAGCCUCCGCCCCAUCACCUACCAUGGACAACCUCCAAGAAAAAGUGGCUCCGGACGCGCUUGCCUGAGAAUUCCGCACAAAAGAGGAGCCCAAAAUGAAGACCCUGAUGCGCCAUGGUCUGGCAGUGUGUUUAGUGCUCACUACCAUGUGCACCAGCUUGUUGCUCGUGUACAGCAGCCUCGGCAGCCAGAAGGAGCGGCCCCAGCAGCAGCAGCAGCAGCAGCAGCAGCAGCAGCAGCAGCAGCAGCAGCAGCAGGCAACCGCGACUGGCAGCACGCAGCUUGUGGAGAGCAGUCCCCAGCCACGUAGAACCGCCCCCGCAGGACCCCGGCAGCUGGAAGGAUACCUCGGUGUAGCAGACCACAAGCCCCUGAAAAUGCAUUGCAAGGAUUGUGCCCUGGUGACAAGCUCCGGGCAUCUGCUGCGUAGUCAGCAGGGCCCCCACAUCGACCAGACAGAGUGUGUUAUCCGCAUGAAUGACGCCCCCACCCGAGGCUAUGGGCUUGACGUGGGCAACCGCACGAGCCUGCGGGUCAUCGCACAUUCCAGCAUCCAGAGGAUCCUCCGCAACCGCCAUGACCUGCUCAACGUGAGCCAGGGCACAGUGUUCAUCUUUUGGGGCCCCAGCAGCUACAUGCGCCGGGAUGGCAAGGGCCAGGUGUACAACAACCUGCAGCUCCUCAGCCAAGUGCUGCCUCGGCUGAAGGCCUUCAUGAUCACGCGCCACAAGAUGCUGCAGUUCGAUGAGCUCUUCAAGCAGGAGACUGGCAAAGACAGGAAGAUCUCCAACACUUGGCUGAGCACUGGCUGGUUCACCAUGACAAUUGCUCUGGAGCUGUGUGACAGGAUCGAUGUUUAUGGCAUGGUGCCCCCAGACUUCUGCAGGGACCCAAAGCAUCCUUCCGUACCCUAUCAUUACUAUGAGCCUUCAGGACCUGAUGAAUGUACAAUGUACCUCUCUCACGAGCGAGGACGCAAGGGCAGUCACCACCGUUUCAUUACAGAGAAACGGGUGUUUAAGAACUGGGCACGGACAUUCAACAUUCACUUUUUCCAACCAGACUGGAAACCAGAAUCACCCCCUGUGAAUCAUGCCGAGGAUAAGCCUGUGUUCUGAGGGGUGAACGUGGUGAACAGCAGUGUCCACGCUGUCUGCUAGGAGAGGACGGACUUAAACUCUAGGCAGGGAGAUGGGAACUGAAUGGGCGACUGAGAAGAGCGGCGUCCUUCAGCACCAUGGACAGAUCCCAGCGGCCUGAGAACAUUCCAGAAUGCAUACGUGCUAAUGAGUGUUGUCUCUUGGAAAGAGCAACUGAAGCCUUGAUUCAGUGACACUGCCAUGGCUAGGAACACCCCAGGUCUCUGGGAGUAUUGCCUUUGAAACUGAACCGGGAACAGCCGGCCACUUUUAGUUGCUUUUCUUUACAGAUACCCAUGUCAAAAGACUUUUCUAUCAGAAACCUAACUUGACCCAGUCUUUGUCAUUUGUCAGACUUUGUGAUUUGUAAAAGGCCUGAAAGUAUGGACAUGCUUCUGAAGAGCACAUCUCCAAUGAUUUUCAUAAAGCAAAUGUCUGCUAUUUAUUUAUUGAGAGUUUUUUAGUGUACUCUAGGCAGUAUUUUUAUAGAUUAUGAUUAUGUGGCAAUUUAUUCUUCCUAACUCUUUAAUCCUGAAUGGUGGUUGGAAUGGGCUAGGAUCUGGCUGAUGAGUUACUGAUUUCACAAAGCCCAUUAUUAGCUUGAAAUCGGUAUUUGACGUGGAAAUGUGCAACAUUGUUUGAACCUCUCCGCUUCAGGCAAUUUGCUGUUUCAUAACAAAAACAGCUAUAACACUUUCUAAUGUACAUAAAUGUCCAAAAGAACAAAAUUGAAACCCAAAAACUGUGUUAUUAAAACAAAAAGAUGCUAAUGAGAGAAA